AAAUAAAAAAUAAAUAAAAAAAGAAAACAAUUAUAAAAAAAAAAAUGGCUAGAACUAAAUAAACUGCUAGAAAAUCUACUGGUGCUAAAGCUCCUAGAAAAUAACUUGCUUCCAAAGCUGCUAGAAAAUCAGCACCUGCUACAGGAGGAAUCAAGAAACCCCAUAGAUUCAGACCCGGAACAGUUGCUCUUAGAGAAAUCAGAAAAUAUUAAAAAUCAACUGAUUUAUUAAUUAGAAAGCUUCCUUUCUAAAGAUUAGUCAGAGAUAUUGCCCAUGAAUUCAAGGCUGAACUUAGAUUCUAAUCUUCAGCUAUUCUUGCUUUAUAAGAAGCUUCUGAAGCCUACUUAGUUGGAUUAUUUGAAGAUACCAAUUUAUGUGCUAUUCAUGCAAGAAGAGUUACAAUUAUGACUAAGGAUUUAUAAUUGGCUAGAAGAAUCAGAGGUGAAAGAUUUUGAAUUAAAAAUAUACAAUUUAAAAAAUGUAUUUCUUUUUAAAAUAAUUCAUUAUUGUGUUUUUAAAUUUUAAAUUUAAUUAAAUUUUAUUUCAA